AUGCUUAUUCCUGUUCUUCUAUAUGGACUUUAUAUCGGUUAUUACGCAUGCGCAAGUAGGGCAGAAAAUCUACUCUAUAGAGAUUUGCUCAGCAAUUACAGCAAGCUUGUGCGGCCUGUAAGAAAUCCCAGAGAGAGCUUGAAAGUUGAUAUGAAAGUGUUCCUGCAGCAGAUUGUUGGCUUGGAUGGGAAAAAUCAAAUCAUGGAACUAAAUAUAUGGCUAAAAUACAUAUGGAUCGACUAUCGACUGUCAUGGGACCCAUUUAAAUACGGAAAUGUUACUAGUGUGCGAUUUGCUGGUGGAGAAAAUCAAAUUUGGAGACCGGACGUAUUGCUAUACAACAGCGCUAACGAAGAUUUUGACUCGACAUUCAAAUCUAACGAGGUCGUAUACAGUACAGGCGAGGUUAACUGGGUGCCACCUGGAAUACUUCGAGCAAGUUGCAAAAUCGACAUCACCUAUUUCCCUUUCGAUGAACAAUUGUGCUACUUAAAAGCCUCUGAAGACGACGAGAAAGCCGAAACGUUAGGCAAAUAA